AUGACCGGUGACGGUCAGUCCGAGAUACGACGUGGAGCUGUGAGACGGUCUAGUUCGAGCAGCUUCGCAGCUUCCCUAAGAGGUCCUCACGGUGUGAAAGAUUUCGCCGCCGCUCUUCUCGGCCUCGUCGCCGUCGCCUCCGCUGGAUACGCCGGUCUCGGCUACGGUUAUGGUCUUGGCGGUCUUGGAUAUGCCGCCGCCCCAGUUGCUGUCGGCAACUACCGCACUGCUGCCUACGGCUCUGCUGUCAAUCACGGUGUGACCGCUCGUGCCGUCGGCGUUGCUGCCCCAGCUGCCGUCGCUGUUGCUGCUCCAGCCGCCGUUGCUGCCCCAGCUGUCUACGGCGCCGGUCUUGGCUACGGCGCCGGUCUUGGCUACGGCGCCGGUCUUGGCUACGGUGCCGGUCUUGGCUACGGCUACGGUCUCGGUUACGGUCUCGGCCAUCGCUAUGGUCUUGGCUAUGGUGGUCUCGGCUACGGCUACGGUCUUGGUCACGGCUAUGGCCUCGGCUACGGCUACGGUCUUGGUCACGGUUAUGGUCUCGGUUAUGGUUACGGCCACGCCAAGGCUUUCGUCCUCUUCGGCCUUGUUGCCGCUGCCUCCGCUGGAGUCGUUGGCCCAGCUGGCGUUGCCGUCGCUGCUGCUCCAGUUGCUGUCGCUGCCCCAGCUGUCGUUGGCGUCGCCAACUACCGCACCGCUGCCUACGGCUCCGUCGUUAACCACGGUGUGACCGCUCGUGCCGUCGGCGUUGCUGCUCCAGUCGCCGUAGCCGCCCCAGCUGCCGUCGCUGCCCCAGUCGCUGUUGCUGCCCCAGCCGCCGUUGCUGCCCCAGCUGUGUACGGCGCCGGUCUCGGCUACGCCGGCGGUUACGGUCUGGGCUACGGUUACGGUCUUGCCCACGGCUACGGGCUUGGCUACGCUGGCCUCGGCUACGGCUAUGGUCUCGGUUACACCGGACUCGGCUACGGUGUUGCUCACGGUUACGGUCUUGGCUACGCUGGACUCGGCUACGGUGUCGCCCACGGUUACGGAGUCGGCUACACCGGUCUCGGCUAUGGUCUUGGCUACGGCCACGCUAAGGUUGUUCUGUAAAUUAUUUCAAGCUUCGAAAGUAUGAGUGGGAUGCUUUGUGGAAACAAGGCGACUAGAAGUGUGUAUGAUUGCUUGACCGUCAGUCAAUAAAAC